UUUAGUUGUUAAACUAUCAAAAUGGCGGCCUACGAAGGUUUGCAGAAAAGGCUUUCACAGGAGUUGGAAAAAUAUAAAUUACUCCAAAAAGAUUUUCAGAAGACAUAUUCCUUGAGACAGCAGCUGGAAGGUCAACUGAAUGAGAAUAAUAUUGUUAAAGAAGAGAUGGACCUUCUUGAACCAAGUGCAGAUGUCUACAAGUUAAUGGGACCUGUGUUGGUUAAACAAGAUCUUGAAGAAGCACAACAAAAUGUUGCCAAGAGAAUAGAGUAUAUUACAAAUGAACUGAAAAGACAUGAUUCUACACUUGCUGAACUUGAGAAGAAGCAAGAUGCUCAAAGAGAAGCAAUUAACAAAAUUCAGCAACAAUUUCAACAAGCUCAAGUAAAAGCAGCAAUGAAGGCUUAAUAUGUAUAAUAUAAACACUGCUGUAACUCUGAGGUACAUUAUUUCAAUUUUGAUUACAUAGCCUAAAAUGUAGUGAGUAAAAGCUAACAAUUUAAUGCAAAAUUUUUCUGAAAUAUGUUUUGAAACUGUACACUGUGCAUAUUUAAGGUAAUACAUAUUAACUGUUUUGAAGCUGCAUUAUUAUUUAAUUGAAAAUUUUUUUUCCACUGUUUUGCAUUAAGAAGGCAAAGUCUGUAACAAAUCUAGUACUAUAUGUUAUUUGAACAUGUAACUUGAAAGUGUUAAAUAAAUGUUUUAUUCUGUUUGGU